UCUCAAAGCAUUCCUGUUCUAAUAAUCGUCACUCCAAACCGAGCUCUCUACUUGAUGAUUUCCCUCUGCCCUCUACCCCUCUCCUCCCUCACCCCCCUCUCCCUUCCUCUGGCACCUCUCGUACCAUCUCCAUCCCUUCUAAUUCCUCUCUUCAGACUUGCUUUCAUGCCCUCUCCAUCUAAAACGGGUUCCGUUAAACCAACACUAUCCUUCAGUUAGAUCUAAAUCUAUAGCUCACUGCAGGCUCCAUUACUUGAGAUUUGUCGAUGUAAGUUUAAAGAGUUAGAAGGUAAUGCUUGAUUCGGAAGUCGGGAUGGAAACUGUACACCGCGGGGGAUGUCGACUUGUGGCUUUGUGCGUGUUGUUGAGAAGCUGCACACAAGGCCGCAGUGGGUGAAGGCAGUUGUUUCUCUCCGUUUCCUGUUCGAUGUUGAGCACUCCAGCAGCAUUCAGCUGCGUGAGAGUCAGUCACACAGUUUGGGCCAGGCCACAGUCUUCUGAUUGCCUUCCAUAGAAAAAGUAAAACAGCAUCAGGACAUCGUGAUCCCCGUGGAUAUGGGAGCAAAGAUGUUGUGGGCGCUCUCUGGAAUUGUCAUUGCUGCAACCUUGCAGUGGCUGGGAGUCGCAGCACAAACAGAUGCACCUUAUGUGACAGUUGCAGGGACUACUGUCACUUUAAUAUGUCCCUUGGUUGAAGGAAAGAAACGUGAAUGGUUUAAGAAGCUGAAAUCAGGCACAGAUUCAGAUCUUCAAAGCGAGGAGUCAAACUAUGUUAUAAAAGAGUUCACCGAUUCCAAUAACGGCGAGUAUUAUUGUAAGGAUGGUGCUGCCACAUACAGCUUCUACAUCCGAGCCAAAGUUUGUCAAGGCUGCAUUGAACUCAACACAGGGUUGGUCAUCGGUAUCAUCUGCGGCGAUCUGUUCUUCACUCUCCUGGUGGCUGGGCUUGUCUACUGGUUUGCCAAGCAAAGAGGAGCAAUCGCCAAAGAUUUCCGUCCACUUGAACCUGCCUAUCCACCGAGUCGCCCACCACCCACGGCUCCGGCAAAUCAGAGUGAAUACGCGCCGAUCAAAAGUGGACAACGGGACGUUUAUGACAAGUUGCAAAGACGUUGACUGCAAAGACAUUUAAAGAAAUGGAGUCUCCUUUUCUCUAUUGCCAGUAUUCCUGUACUCUCCUCCCUUCAGUAGCUGGGCUACAUUUCAGCUGUCCCACUGCCCUUUGAUACACAAGUGCCUGCUCGUACGACUGUCAAUAUUGGGGCCAUCACUAAUGGCUGGAUUUCAACAAUUUCAACAAAUCUCAACAAUUCAAAAUGAUGCUGGCGACUUUUAACUGGUCCACAAAUCUGCUGUUACUGUCUCUGCUCUAUGGGAGAUUUUUAGUUUCACCGGCUUCCCUGAAAUCCCUCAUCCCUGUAAAAAUUCCUCUGGGCCCUUCCUAUCCCACGGGCGUCAUUUGCGCGUCACGCAGGUGGCACGCGAGGAUUUUAAGCAUCCCAAAUUCCUGGGGCGCUGCGCGCUUCGCGCAUCACUGCAUACGCCAGCACGCCUCACCACGUGCCAUGCGCGUGUCAUGCCCGCCAUGCGCGCGCCAACCAAUUUUUAGGAUGUCGCGUAAAUGACGCGCAAAUGGCACUAAAAGUGGGACAGGCCCUUUAGCCUUCAGAAUCUUUUAGUGGGAUGACCAGAACUGAGCACAAUACCACAGAUAAGGCCUGACUAACGUUUUAUAAUGGUGUGGUCUUAUUACCUUGCUUUGUGCUUUGUGGCACUGCUUAUAAACAAAGGGUGCCAUUGCCCGUUUCUUUAAUGGCCUCUGCUGGAGAAAGAAUAAUGUGGGCAUCCGUCUGAGGAUAAUUGAAGUUUCUUUCUCAGAGGUGUUUCGCCUUGGCUGGAUCUUGCAAGCUCAUUGCUUUCACCAUGGGCUUAGCUCACGCUUCAGCCCAGUUAGAAUCUAUGCCAUUUUUAAACUAGUCCUUAAAUGCAUAUUGUACCCAGCUGCUUAAUGUAACCCCCAGGUCCCUUAUUUAAAUGUGUUUCUCCAUAAUCAGGUUACACAAUUCUAGUACGUUUGUGCUAUGUAUCAGUGACAGUGUCACUAAUCGUCAUUUUGUUCCAUGUUUUAUAGUUUUAAUAAAGGUAAAGGUCAAAUCU